AUGCACAUAUAGUGACUAUUAGAGUGGUUAUGGAUUUAAAUCAACUAUUUUGAAUGUGAAGUGGAGGACGUGAAGACCAGUAAAGUUAAAAUGGCAGAGUCCAGACUUCAUAAUCAGUUUAAACUCACCUCAGAAGACUAUGUGUGGUCUGAUGUUGGUGAAGAGGUCACCCUCCCCUGUCACCUCUCACCUGACACCAGUGCUGUUGCCACGACGAUCAGGUGGUUUAAAGGGACAGAGUGUAUUUACCUGUAUAAGAAUGGCCAGGUGACAGAGAGGAGUGGCUAUGAGGGCAGAGUGAGUCUGAUCACCCAGGAGCUGGAGAGAGGCAACGUGUCUCUGAGGCUGAGAGACAUCAGGAGGUCAGAUAGAGGAGUCUACAUAUGUCAGGUCAUCCAUGGAGAACAGAAGAAGGAGGCUGCAGUGGGUUUAAAGGUCAUAGAAGGAUCAGAGUAUUUACAACAUGAGACCCAGGAGGACAAGCUGAAGAGGGAGGCAUCAGCUGGUGAGCUUGAGUUGAAGAUGUUUAAAGAGAUGAUGAAACAACUGAAAGAGAAAGACACACAACUGGAUGAUAUGACCCAGGAAGUGAGAGAGAAAGAGAGACUCCUGGAGGAGAAGAACCAGAUAAUGGGACAGAGGGAGAAACUAUUAGAAGAGAAAGAAAACCAACUGGAAGAGAAAGACAAGCAACUAAAGGAUAGAGACAUUCAACUAGAGGCACUGAGAAAGAACCUGCAGGACAAGAACAGCCAAGAGAGAGACAAACGACUGGAAGAGAGAGACAAACGACUGGAAGAGAGAGACAAACGACUGGAAGAGAGAGACAAACUACUGGAAGAGAGAGACAAACGACUGGAAGAGAGAGACAAACGACUGAAGGGAAAAGCAAAUGAACUAAAAGAGAUGAGGCAGGAAGUAGAAGAGAAAGAUAACCUACUAGAGGAGAGAGAGAAGCAGUUCAAGGAAAGAGACAAACAGGUGGAGGAUGUCAACAAUGAAAAUGCUGAACUGGCUCAACAGAUAUGUGAUGUGAAGACUGAGGUAGAGAGACUGAGAAGAGAGAUCUCAGCCCAGAUGACUGAACCUGGAGAGACGUCAGAUACAGGUUCCAUACUCCCAGUCAGGAGGAGACACAGCAUGGAGGAUCCUUCAUACAUGGGAGGAGAGACCUCAGAUACAGACCCCACACUUCCACUGAGGAGGAGAAACAGCAUGGAGUUAAAUCCUCCAGAUAUGGGAGGAGAGAGCAGCAGUCCAGACUCCCCAGUGUCUCCCAGUGUGUCUGAGCUGAGACUGGUGCUGCUGGGGAGGACUGGGGCUGGGAGGAGUGCAGCAGGAAACACCAUCCUGGGCAGAGAGGAGUUUGGGGCCCAGGCCAGCCCCUCUGCAGUGACCCAGAGGAGUAAGAGGAGAGAGGGGGACGUGUGUGGGAGACGGCUGGUGCUGGUGGACACUCCAGACUGGUUCUGUCCUGGACUCUCUCUGGAGGAGAUGAGACAGGAUGAGGGGCUCUGUGUCCGUCUGUCUGCCCCGGGACCCCACGCCUUCCUCCUGGUCAUACCAGUGGAGCCCUCUAAGGGGGAGGAGAGAGGGGUGCUGGAGAGAAUAGAGGAGGUGUUUGGGGAGAGUUGUUGGGAACACACUGUGAUUCUAUUCACCCAUGAGGAUGGCCUGAAAGAGCAGAGCAUUAAGGAGUUUCUCCAAGCAGGAAGUCAGGACCUCCAGCAGCUUGUAGAGAAAAGUGGGAGCAGGUACCACGUCCUCAACAUUAAGGACAGGGCCCAUGGCACUCAGGUAUCAGAGCUGCUGGAUCAGGUAGAGGAGAUGGUGGCAGGAAACAGAGAGAGCUUCUACAGCAGUCAGACCUACCAGGAGGCAGAGGACCAGGUUAGAGAGAUAGAGGGAAAUAUCCAGAGAGAGAGAGUAGAGAGGAAACAGAGGGAGGAGAGAGACUUGAGAGAGAGGCUUCGGAAGGAGUUCCAGGACUCUCUGAUAAAGAUAGAGGGAGUGAUCCAGGAACAUGAGGGAGAUAUCAGAACACUCAGUGAAAGAACCAGUGAACUGGAGAGACAGGUGAAAGAAGAGAGGGAUGAGGAGAAGAAAAGACAGCUGGAGAGGGAGCUGAAGAGGGAGUCUGAUAGGAGGGAGGAGAUGGAGAGAAAGAUGGAGAUAUUUAGAGAUAAGACAGAGAAUGAGAGGAGGGAGAUGGAGGAGAGACACAGACAGGAGAUAGAGAUGAUGGAGAACUAUGAAGGAGAGGCCAGAGUUGAAGCAGAGAGAAACCUGAUGAAGAUAGUCCUACCUGAGUUACAGAGGAACAUCAUGAUCUCACAGACAAAGAUGCAGAGGGAGUUCAGCAGACAGAUGGAGGAGAAGGAUAGACAGAUGAAGGAGAAGAAUAGACAGAUGGAGGAGAAGAAUAGACAGAUGAACGAGAAGGAUAAACAUAUGGAGGAGAAGGAUAGACAUAUGGAGGAGAAGGAUAGACAUAUGGAGGAGAAGGAUGGAGAAAUGGAGAGACUAAGACAGAAUUUGAAAGAAGUCAGGGAAGCUCACUCAGUGUUGCAGAAGAGACUGGAACGAGAGGGCAGAGGUCAGAGGGCACUGAUAGGGUUGAUGGGCUGGGUCAGGAGAAACUCAUCAAGUUGGCUUCUCCACAAUCUGACAUGAUUCACCAUCACCGUCUAUGUGUAGAACCAGACCAGGUCUACUGUCCACUGUACCGUGGUGAGUGACCAUGGAUCAUGGUGAUCAUGGGGAAAACAGGUCAGAAUAAUGUCUGGUCCAGUCUACAGUGUCUAGAGAAGGAGGGGAGGGAGGUCUGUAAAGAUCUUGAUGAGACGU